AUGGAUUCAGUGUCUUUCGUUGCUCGCACUGAAGAUCUCCACGCUGACGAUGCCGUUGAUCCUCUCGAUAUCUAUGAUUUCGUGAGGGAUAUUAGAGAUCCAGAGCACCCAUAUUCCUUAGAGCAGCUCAGCGUGCUUUCAGAGGAAUCGAUCACCGUUGAUGACAAGCUCGGUCGUAUUCUGAUAACUUUCACGCCGACUAUUCAGCAUUGCAGUAUGGCAACAGUGAUAGGUCUUUGCCUGAGAGUUAAACUAAAACACUGUUUCCCUCCUCAUUAUAAGGUCAGUUUGCUAUGUGCGUCUAGAAACUCUCUCUUGGAUGAGAGAAGGCUGAGAACUGAGAUUGUAAAGUUGGCUCUUUUCAUUUUUAUAGUUAACAAGCAGUUGAAUGAUAAAGAAAGAGUGGCUGCUGCCCUGGAGAAUCCCAACCUUCGCCAACUCGUGGACGAGUGCCUGUAUUCCAAUGAACUCUGACCAAGUAAAACUUCACAGCUCAAAACCCACUGUACAGAAGAAACUUUAGUAGUUCAUAUGUAAUAAGAAACUGCUUUGUUGUAUUGUUAAUCUGCCUUUUUGCCUCUAUUAAGUGAAGUUGCUUUACA